AUGCUGUCGCCUCGGAAACGAUUAUUCUGUAUUUUCCUUUUUCUCGUCUCUUUCGUGUUCGCCUACACCUCUCAGGGCUUCGGUUUGGCAACUCCCGGUUGGCAUAGCGAAGACCGAUCAAGUUCAAGGGCCCGUCGACUACGAGAUGACGGAGUAAUUUGGAAACACUUCGCAGAACAAUCUGAAACAUGGCAUAAAACGUACGACGUCAAGAUACCGCCUGGGGUAAUCAUGGCAUUGUAUGCCGGUGCGCUGGUGCUCCUGGGGAUAAUUCUGAUCUGCUUCAUAGCAACCUCAAAUUGCAACCCAAUCCGGAGGAGCAGCCCGGAACCCUGUCAUACCAGCCAGCUCCGCGCGGAUCAGUACCGACUGAUUGAGGAGAGCCAAUCGCGCAGCUCCACGCUCGAUCGGAGG